GUGGAGGGAACAUGGCUGAAGGCAGUUCGGUUGCCCCAAUGUGCAGCGGGGUGAGCAGCGGGCAGGUCCCGGUCCCUAACAGUGGCAGCUGCAACUUUCCAGAGUAUGAGGUGCCCGAACUAAACACGCGUGCUUUCCACGUGGGCAUCUUCGGGGAGCAGUGGCGUGGCCGGCUGCGCGGGCAUGGGGAUUUGUCGCUGAAGGAGCCACCGGCAUCCGCGCUGCCUGAGCAAGAAGGGAUCGCGGACUCCGCCUCGGAGGAUGCAGCAGUGGCCCGGGAUCUGGGCUGCAGUAUGGAAGCGGCUGCCGAACUGAGGGCAGUUUGCGGCCUUGAUAAACUGAAGUGCCUUGAGGAAGAGGAGGACCCAGAAGUCAUCCCAGAAAAUACUGACUUAGUGACUUUGGGGGUUAGAAAGAGGCUUUUGGAACAUCGAGAAGAAACAAUAACAAUAGAUCGAGUCUGCAGACAAGAAACAUUUGCAUACGAGAUGGAGUCACGUGCCGUGGGGAAAAAGCCUGAAAAUCCAGCAGACAUGAUAGAAGAAGGGGAACUUAUCCUAUCUGUGAAUAUCUUGUACCCUGUUAUAUUUCAUAAGCACAAGGAACACAAACCAUACCAGACAAUGCUGGUAUUGGGCAGUCAGAAGCUCACGGAACUAAGGGAUUCAAUUUGCUGUGUCAGUGACCUCCAGAUUGGUGGGGAAUUCAGCAAUACUCCUGACCAAGCCCCUGAGCACAUCAGCAAAGACCUAUACAAAUCAGCCUUCUUUUAUUUUGAAGGAACAUUUUACAAUGAUAAAAGGUACCCUGAGUGCAGAGAUUUGAGCAGAACUAUCAUUGAAUGGUCAGAGUCCCAUGACAGAGGUUAUGGAAAGUUUCAGACUGCGAAAAUGGAAGACUUCACCUUCAAUGACUUACAUAUUAAACUGGGUUUUCCUUACUUAUACUGUCACCAGGGAGACUGUGAACAUGUGAUUGUCAUUACUGACAUAAGGCUUGUGCAUUGUGAUGACUGCUUGGAUAGGAAACUUUAUCCCCUUCUUAUCAAGAAGCAUUGGCUAUGGACCAGAAAAUGUUUUGUCUGUAAAAUGUACACAGCUAGAUGGGUGACGAACAAUGACAGUUUUGCACCAGAUGACCCUUGUUUCUUUUGUGAUGUUUGCUUCCGAAUGCUCCACUAUGAUUCAGAAGGCAACAAACUGGGGGAAUUCCUCGCUUAUCCUUAUGUUGAUCCUGGAACCUUUAAUUAAUAACAGAAUAUGUGCUCUUGUAGGAAACAGGACCAACCUGAAACAAGCAGCUAAAGUUAUUACCCUCAUUCCCCCAACAAAGUUCAAAUUACAAAUUUUCUUACAAAGUAACUUAAUUGUGUUUAAAUGCUUAGAAAUAUAUUUUAGUAUUUAUUACAAAGUAUAGUUCUCAGUGCUUUUUGCCCAUUUUCAAAUCUGUUUAUCUUACUGAGUUGUAGGAAGGCUUUAUGUAUUCUGAAUACAAAUCCUUUGUGAGAUAUAUGUAUUGAUUUUCUCCUCAUCUGUGGCUUGCCUAGUUAUUGGGUUCAAUUAAUGAUACAUCAAGUGGUGGGGUACUUUGAAAAUUCUUUGAAAAUGAGACACAUUACAUGAAUAAUAAAUAUGAGAUCUUGAGUAUAUACGCAUAGCUUUACAGAAGUAGCAUUUGAAUUGAAGCUUCCUUUUUUAAAAAGAUUUUAUGUAUUUAUUUUUAGAGAGAGGGGAAGGGAAGGAGAGGGAGAGAAACAUCAGUGUGAUCCUCUCUCAGGUGCCCCCCACUGGGGACCUGGCCCACAACCCAGGCAUGUGCCCUCACUGGGAAUAGAACUGGAGACCCUUUGGUUUGCAAGCUGGCACUCAAUCAACUGAGCCGCACCAGCCAGGGCUGAAGCUUCAUUUCUUGACAACUUUUUGUGAAUCACGAAUACUGAGUUUAAAAUGUAUGUCAAUUUAGUAUUUUUAUUAACUAAAAAAUAAUCUCAUGUAAUAUGACUACUGGGACAUGGUAAUUCAAGAUCCUAUGGAUUAUUAGCUCUGACUCACUUAUUCCUGGGCAGUAAUACCCAGUAUUCUCUGUGCAAAAAGAAGAGUUUUUCUGGCUCAACACGUCAUUUUUUUGGCCCCCUUACUAUAAUUCUCUUCUCUCAUUCUGGGCCAAAGGGCAAGUGUGAUCAAUUCCGAGGUUUAGGCCAUCAGGGAAAAUUAUAGCUACGGUAUCUACUCUGAAAUGUUUUUGGAAAUUUUUUUUUUUGGUGGAAAAUUAAACUGUCCUUUAAAAUUUCAUUUUCUUCUAGGUUACAUUUAUAAAGUCAACUGAAUUCCACACUCCCUGGAUGGGUAAGAACAUUUACCAUAUAAAUCAAAAACUGAUGAAGCCUAUAAACCUAUACAUUUAAAAUGUUGACAAAUGUUUUAUGGACUUAAAUGUGACAUGUUAAGAACCUCUUUCUAGUAUAUCUAGCAGUGUUCUCAUUCACUGAUUCAGUCAACAUGCUAGAGAAAUCAACAUAAAUAAGUUGUCCCAACGUGGUUGGUUUAUGUUAUUGCCUAAAUUUGUACUUUCAUGUUUCCAAUGAUGAUUUAAAAUUCUGUUGGAAACCAGAUUUACCCAAUUCCUCCAAGUUCCUGAGGUAAAAAUGAAUUUAUUUUUAAACUGCAUUCCUUACAGCUUUUACUUUGUAUAUAGGCGUCUUUUUUUACUUUUCUUCUUUUUCGUCACUUCAUAUUCUCAAAACAAAAAUUCUGGGAAGUGAAUUAUAGAGGAAGCAUUAAUCCAUGUGUGGUGCCAGUCAGUUUAUUUUAGUGGAUAAAGAUGGUCAGUUAAUACUGAAUUCUUGUUUUAUCAUUUAUUUAGAAUAUUGUCCGGCCGGUUCUUAAGGUGAAUCUUUUCACCAGCAUUACAAGGCUCAGGUAUCUAUUAUAAUUUCCUGGUAAAAUCUAAAAAGCUAACCUAACCAGAUCACUUCCAGAAUUUGCCAAUGCAUUGUAUAUGAGAUACACAGGUCUCACACCAAAAGAAACUCCCAGCUUCCAAACAGGCAUAAAAGAUAUCUUGUAUCAGGGAUUUUAUAGCUGCAAAUUUCAACAUUAAACAUGACUGACUGAAGUUACAUAUUUUAUCUAAAACAGCAAAUAUGAAAGCAUGAUGAAUUCGAAUUAAUCAAUAUUCUCUGUAUUUAGAAAUGAAUUAGACUUUAAUAUAUAGAGUCGUGCACAAAAUCACAGUCUAGAAAAGCAGUGCCUAUUUCCUGAAACAUCUUUUUCAGGCUUCAUUACCUUUUAAGGAUAAUUUGUUCUCCCAAUCUCUAAGGCUGGGGAAUUACACAGCACAAAUUUGAAUACAUGUCUGCCUAUUUAACAGGUUCUUUUCUUAAGGUAUAAUCGUGGGCCAGUGUAACAAAGUAAGUUGCUAGUGAAACCUUCAGAGCCCUGUAAAAGCCAUUACUCUUGUAUAAGCCACAUCAUCUUGACCCAGCACCUUCAACCAGGUAAGUGUAUGGGUAUACUACGAUCAAUCUGUUGUCCUACUAUUUGAAACCACACAACGUAAUAGCAAUUAUAAGGCUUAACGUACUCCAUUCAAGCUGUUUAUACAUAGAAAGUCUGAUUUAGAUUCCCUGAUUCGGAUGGUACUUCUGAAAUUUCUCCCAAGUGGCUGAGAAAACCAACAAUUGAUUCUGCUGAGUCAUGCAUAACUUACUCUUUUAAAAUAUUAUCCAGUGUAAAACAUUAUACAGUGGUUUAAAAAGCAGCAAUGAAAUAGGUGGUGUGUACACAUAUUUUUAAAAAUGUGGGUUUGAGGGCUGAGGCAGUGGUCUUAGCUCUCUCGUUUAAAUUAUCUCUUGAAUGACUUGUCCAGUUCUGUUUUGACCAAAUACACACUUAAAUUCAACCAAUGCUUCUGAACAUUCUUGAUGAUUAUGACUUUCAAGAUAGUUCUGAGGUUUUGUGAAUUAUUGACGAAGAAAAAUGUCUUGAAAUCCUUCAGAUAGAGGAGGCAACUUAUGUUUUAAUGCCACAUAAUCAGAAGAUUUUGUGAUUCUUGGUAAGCUGUGUAGGCCUGUUGGAUCACAGAAGAAAAGGGAGGAUGGACCAAAAAUAACAUUUCCUUUAUUUUUAUCAUUUUGAGCUUAUUAGUUUCCUAGUCUCUCCAAACAACACAAUCUCUAUGGUGAGGUUAACUCAGAAAUUACUCCCUUGGAAGCCAAGCCAGAAUUCCAACACAUUUUUAAAAAUAGCAAAGAAGUAAUUUACUAGUACAGUUUGAUUUAAAAAAAAUUCUUUAAUCAAAACAAGUUUACAUGUUGACACUUAUGGCUUAACAAGAAUUAUGUCCAAAUUUUAGUUGUCCUAAGGACCAAACAGAUAUAAUAGGAAGAGUUCCCUCAAAACACUGAGUCCUAGGUUCCAUUGUAAGACCUCUCAAAAUUAAAAUUCCAAUUAUUGAAAUAAUUCAACUUUCCAUCUAUUGAUGAAAACAAAAUUAUCAGAGGUCAAAACAUACAAUCUAUGCCACAUGCAAACACUUGAGUAUUAAAAGUUUUUCCCGUAUUCAUAGUUUCAAAACAAACAGUCUUAGCUACCAAAAACCACCAACUGACCUAAUUAUAUGAUCUUAGAAAUACUAUCUGUUACAGUUAGCCUUAACUCUUUUGUGUUAACAUGGGGUCACUCAGAUUUAUUCCAAAUAUGUGAAUAUACAGACUAUUCAAACCAUUCCUUUACUUUGCCUGCUGCCUCUGAGAAAGCUAAUGUUUGUACUUUUUGCAAUCCUGUCACAUGUACAAUGCAGAAAUAAAAAUUCCCUUCUGAUAUA